CGAUGCGUUCGUUAUAUGCGAGGGUUCGUCGAGGACACAACUUCCCCACUCCCGCUCCAGAGUCCACACACUUUAACACAGACCCCAACCUCUUCCGCGCGAAAACCGCCUUCUCCGUUUUCAGGCUGUUUCCACUGUUUUCCGGCGAAUCUAACCUGGGUCUUCGUCAGUUUGCUCCUUUGACCCAGUGUAUCUUGAAAAUCGGUAAUGGCCACUGAAAGGAACGCUAUGGAUUCUAAGCCUGAUUAUGCGCGAAAUGUACCAGAUCCUGCUGAGUCUCCUCCGAGAGGUGACACAAAUCGUAUCGUUACAGGGUCUACUACCUCGUCUGUUACUGCUAGUGCAUGUGCUAAUGGAUCUGAUGGUAUCUCUUCUCAGCCAAACGACAAUGUUCAAGCAUCUGCUACGAAUUUUCUAAAGGGAAGUUACCGUGACAAAAACAGUUCAUAUGGCUAUUAUGAUUCGAAUUUGCGUGGAGAUCGAGCAAAAAGAAGCAAUUGUUGGUCUCAAACUUCGGCGUCGGCAACUAAGCCUCCAGGAAAUUUCAAUGGUGCUGAUAGAUUUCCUCUCAAUACACAAUCACAUGCAUUUAGACCGCCAUUUAAGGGAAAGCAAGCCACAGGACAGUUCUUAAAAUUUGCGAAUCAAAAGACAAGCAGUGUCCCAUAUAGUGGUUAUAUCAAUGGAAACUCAACUAGUGGUUUCUGGGAUCACAGAGAUCAAUAUAGGAAACCUGAGAGAAAUGUAGAAUCUGAUUCCAUGGUUGAACUGAAAUGUGGUCCAAGAGCCCAUGCGAAGACUCUUCCUCCUUCUGAGUCAUCAUCACUCAAGCAAAACAACUCGUUUGCAUUGGCUCUUCGUAGAGAGAUGUAUAACCUCCCAGACUUUCAGACCAACUAUGAGGAUGCUAAAUUUUUCGUAAUCAAGUCCUACAGCGAGGAUGAUGUUCACAAGAGUAUCAAAUAUUCCGUGUGGUCAAGCACUUGCAACGGGAACAAGAAACUCGACGCAGCUUACCGUGAUGCUGAAGCAAAAACGCUCGAGGAUGGCAAAAAACGUCCAAUUUUUCUCUUCUUCUCGGUGAAUGCGAGUAGACAAUUCGUGGGAUUAGCUGAGAUGGUUGGAUACGUGGACUUCAACAAGGAUUUAGAUUUCUGGCAGGUUGAUAAGUGGAGCGGCUUUUUCCCGGUGGAAUGGCAUGUGGUUAAAGAUGUCCCUAACUGGGAAUUAUGCCAUAUCAUCCUUGACAACAAUGAGGGCAAGCCAGUUACUCAUACGAGAGAUACUCACGAGAUCAAACUCAAAGAAGGUCUUCAGAUGCUUUCGAUAUUCAAGAACUAUUCUGCGGUAACAUCUUUGUUAGACGACAUGGACUUUUAUGAAGCACGAGAGAAGUCUCUGCGAGGGAAGAAGGAGAAUAAACCGGCCACUCUUCGCAUGGAUCUCUACAAAGAGAAGGACUAUGAUUAUGAGAUGGAAAGCAACAGGAGAAUGAAUCAAGAAAGAGGAUAUAAUUGGAGCAGGAGUAGCAGUAGCACAACACAACCAGCUCUUGUCAAUCUAACCAAGAACCUCUCCAUAAGAAGCUACUCUGUUUCCAAGAAGAGCACUGGCUAGACAUUCUUCAAUUCUCAGUUUCCUUGUUCUCUAAUUAUUGUUGAAUUGCUUUCAACUAGUUUAGGUUUAGUAGGAGGUUCUUUGUUUUGCCUUUUUCUCUGUUAGGGGCUUUUGUUUUUCUUUCCUCUUAAGAUGUCGUGAAAGAGGCUAUAUCCCAUAUGGUUUUCACUAUUUCAAUAAUAAAUUAUUCAGA